UGUGAGUUUGUAUUCCUAAAAGCUCAGCAUUCUGUUGGACUGUUAUGCAUGACUCAAACCGAAUAAUUAAUAAACUUUUACAAAUCAACUGGUUCUCUUCUUUCGUGAGAGAGUAGUGUGAUGUUACUACACUGUUUUUAGACUUAUGCUAUUGAAAUUUUGCAAUGCUACGUUGCAGCUGUUACCGUGACAUGCGAUUUUGAGUUAGAUGAAUGUGCAUGGACAAGAGACAAAAAAUGGCUCUUAGCAGAAUCAGGAACAGGUUCACCUAGCAGCGGACCACUUUUUGAUCAUACCACCGGAAGUGGACACUAUGCACUGUUUUCGGGCUCUGCAACUACAGCGACGGAUCCCAGUGGUCAUAUGAACACAUCCUUCACAUUGAAUGAGUCGCAAAUGUUAUCAUUUUGGUAUUAUAUGAAUGGAAAUCAAAUAGGAACACUAGCAUUGAUUCUCAAUGGGCAUAUAAUGUGGUCAAAAACUGGAAGGCAAAGUAGCCAGUGGCUGAACGCUAAUAUCACACUACCGACAAGAGAACUUCUGAAUAUUGAGUUUGUUGCAAAUCGUUCUGAUCUUGGAAAAUCAUCCGAUAUUGCUAUCGAUGAUAUCGUUCUUCACGGCGAGGCAAUUCCAAGUACCAGGACUCCUCGCACACGUCCAACAACAACGCCACGUGCAAGAUCGAAUGCUAGUUGUGACUUUGACUAUGAUCGUGGAACCUGUGGAUGGCGAAUAGAGUCGAACAACGAAUGGAAAGUAGUAGAAGGCAAAGGUGUUGAUGUUCAGAUUGGACCGGGAAGCGACUAUAGUUCAAUAAUGCGAAAAACUCUGGAUGACAAGAACUGUGAAAUGCCCUAUACCGAGGGACAUACACGCUAUUACUGCAUGAUCAGAUCAAAUGUACUGCAAUGUAAAACAAACAACAAUAAAGACUGGACAAAAUGCUCAAAAGGAUAUUAUAUUCAAAUAGAAAGUGGCAAUUUAACUUCACCCGGUGCUAGUGCUCAAUUUACAUCACCGACACUCGAUGCUGUGACUCAAAGUGCUUGUGUAAUGUUUCAGUAUAAUAUUGCUGGCACGGACGACGAUAUCUUAAAUGUGUACAUUCGAGAUUUUUGGUCUGAUCGAGACACACAUGUUUGGUCUCGACAUGGAACUUCUAAUCCAGACAGAUGGAAUUCUGGUGAAGCACCCUUAGAAAUAGACAUGAGUAGCACCAACACAAAAUACCAGGCAAUGAAAGGAAAAUUAAGCGGAACAGGUGUUGUAUCUGUUGAUCAAAUUGUGAUUACGGGUUCUCCAUGUGAGUUAUUUUCAUGUAAAAUGUUUCUGCGUGCUCGAAAUCCGUGUUUUGAUUGUAGGUAA